AUGGCGUUGUCGCCAUCGUCUGCGCCAACUAGCCCGCUCCCGCGGCAGCUGCUGCGGUACGCGUCGUCCCAGCUCGUCGCCGCCCUCCGUCGCCCAGCUCCAAUCAUCAGUCUGCCGAGUGCGCCGCGGGGAGUGGAUGCGGCUGCGGUGGCGUCCCCGCGGCUCCGGGCGGCGAGCAGAGCCGCACCCGCUCCUUCCUCGAAAGGGCGUCCCGGCGCGCCGAGGCAAGGCAGCGGCGGACAAGUCCACGCCGCUCCGGCGAUGGCGACGAUAGCGCGCGUGGUUACCUUACGCCUAUGCGACGGCCCACGCCGCCUGGUCCCCCGGCGCUGGGCAGCGGCGGCAGAACAAACGCUGUGA